GACUCGAUACUCAUACUAAGAUAGAAUCUAGAUUACGAUAGAUCUAUUAGAUCUAUCUAUGAUCUAUUUAGAAAUUUUAUUUAAAUGAUAUUCUUGUAAACUUUCACAAUGGCCAAUGACAUCGAUGAACUGGAAAUAAAUCCAUUUUAUAAAGCACUGCAGAGUAGAUAUGUGGAUCUGUAUGAGAAAGCUCAGAAGAACUGUCACUUGUUGUGUAUACCACAAACAACAAGUAUUAGUACACACAUCAUAAACACAGAUUUUGUAGAUACUCAUGUACUUCGGCCCUCACCAUAUUUUAAAGACCAGUACAUGACAACUCACUCGUCCAACUGUAAAACUUUAACACUCUCAGAUAACGGCCUGUACUUCACCACCUCCCAAGGUUUUUCAGAUAUUCGUGAUGUUAAAAUUCUAGGGGAAGAACUGGCAUAUAAUAAGGAGUAUAAACAAUACAAGAUUAUAAUAUUGGAAGAACCAUUUGACUCUAAAUUCAAGACUCAAACCCCACAAGGCAAAGAGGAUGCAAAUACACAUAUGCUGACACCCAAGCUGACGGUGAAAGAAUGUACAGAUUUUCUUCAAUCCUUUCCUGAUUUUAAAGAGAUACUACACACAUUAAAUCAAAAGAUCCAAAACUUUAUAAACCACUACAUGGUGCUGGAAAACUAUUUAGAUGAUGCAGCGUCGCGUCUGCAGGAUAUAUGUACUCAGACAACAGUUGAGAUGACGAAACACUUGAAAGCACCGUUAAAUAGCAACAUAAAGCUGAGAGAUGUUCUUGCUGAGGCAGUGGAGAGCUAUGUGAUGAAUGCAGUCCAUGACAAAGUUUUUGCUGUGAUAUCAAGUCAUCUGUCCAAACAAGACCAGACUCUCUUGACCAAAUAUCAACAUAUAAAUAAAGUUAGGCCAGAUCAGAUUGGAGUCAGACGAGAAUUCUCCUGUCCUCUCCCAAUGGCAGUUGUUGAGUUAGCUAACUUAUCCUCAUUAAGAACACCAAGAGAGAAGCUGGUCUGCUUAAAAUCCACUGUUGAUAACAUCACAGAGGGAGUAGCUUUGUCCUUGCAAGAACUUACACAAAACUCUGAGCCUGAUGCUUCUGUAGCUGGUAACCCAGAGAUUUGUAUAACUUCUGAUGAUCUCAUUCCAAUACUGGUGACAGUCAUUGCUAAAGCCAAGUGUAGUCAUUUGAACAGUGAUUUGUUUUAUGUGGACCACUUUAUGUGGGCAUCAGCAGACAGGGACAGGGAUGAUUUAGGGUUUUGUUUAGUUACAUUCAAGGCUGCUGUGCAGUAUAUGGUAGAGACAGACUUCACUUCCAUGGCUACGUGUCUGGAUAAAGAGCUUAUGACCAAUUUGGAGGACAUGUUGACAGCGACAACUCUUUUAGAGUCGCAAGUCACACAAGAAUCUGUCGAAAAGUCCAACACAAAGUCAAUGAGAGACAGGCGUGAGAGACAGCUCAACAGAAUCACAGGCUUCCUUGAGAAGACUGUGCAGGAAUUAAAGACCAACAGAAAUGGGAAUGAGAAACCCAAGCAUCUGCAAAGCAUUUUCCCAGAUCUUGUGACUCCCCCUUCCUCUGCUACCAGCGCGUCCAAUCAAAGCUCACAGAGAUCAUCAGCCAAUCUUGGAGAUUUCCUUUCUGCACUACAAGAUGAUGAGUUUGACCAACCAUUUGGCAAGCAGACGUGAAAACUUUCACCAGGGACUUUGUUUUUAACAUCAUUCCCUCCAUUUUUUUUUUAUUAUUUAAAGUGCAAUCUACUUAAUUUAAUUUAACCAUUGCUGAUAUUUUAUCCUUGGUGGCCAUGUCAAAGCUGCGUUGUUAAUUUAUUUUAACCAUUGCUGAUAUUUUAUCCUCGGUGGCCAUGUCAAAGUUGCGUUUUUAAUUUAAUUUAACCAUUGCUGAUAUUUUAUCCUUGGUGGCCAGGUCAAAGUUGCAUUGAUGCGAAAGAUUGAGAUAUUUUUUUUAUCCACAAGUUGUAUAUUCUAUAAAGCCACCUAUUCGUAAUGAAAUAUGGUGCUUAGUUGAUUUUAACUUACUAUUGUACAUUGUCUAUUUGUAUUUAUUUUGUCUGUGUUUGUGUGGAGGGAAAUUAAAGACAAUAAAUACAAUAUCUUAUGAUGUUCCCUUUUAAGACCUUACAAUCUAUAGGGAAGAUGAUGUAAGGACCAUCUAUUUCUAUGGCCAACUGUUUUCAAGGGUGUCAUUUGGCCAGCACAAUGACCAACUGUCUUUACUUUCCCCAACUUAUGUCAGUUAGCUGUUAGAGUUAGGUGGACUCAGGAGUAUCUUAAAAAUCAUGAAAUUCAAAAUCCCAGUCUUCACUAAGAUUUGAGCCAGAGACCCCAUCAUUUAAGAUGCCAAGUGCUUUGCUACUCAACCACCCUGUCCCCAUUCUAUCAUAUAAAUCUUGCUACAUGUCUAGAAUAUUUUAUUUUUAUAGUUUAGAUGGUCAGAAGGGACUCUUAUUGGUGUAGUGAUACUUGAUCAGUAGAGGCUAACAUUGGUGUUGUGAUACAUGUACAAUCAACUUGUCAUGUUUACAUGGCUUUUUUUUCUUUUGGGUCAUUACAAUGAAAUUCAUUAAUUAUGCAGUGUAUGAGUCAGUAGAAAGUAUUUUAUUUAUUACACCUAGUAUCUUGCAUAAAUGUGUAGACAGCGUUGAAGAGGAUUUUAUUAGCUUUUGUAGAUGGCCCAGUAUCGGCUUGUGAGACUAGGAAUUGAAUAGUUCAAUAUAUUUGUGUAUAAAUGAUUUGUAACAGAAGUAUGAUUACGAAGUAACAAAAAUGUUGGAUUGGAAUAUGUCGGGCUUUGGAAUAAGUAUUUUCUUUACACUCUUUGGGAGUUGCAUCUUUAAGAAUGUUUGAAAACUAAACUUUUGUUAUAAAAGAUCAUUUAACAUGGACAUUUUUUGAUUCCACAUUUGGAGAUGAAGUUUAAAAUAUUUUUCUAUAUAGUCAGUGAUCAUGAAUUUUUGUAUGAACAGGUUUUUUACAUUUAGUUUUUAUAUUGCUUUUGGUAUCAUUAGAAAUCCAGCCACCAUUUUACAAUAUGAAACAAAUAUAUUGGAUUAUUCACUAAAUGUCAUUUUUUUUUUGCCUAGAAAAAUAUAGAUUAAUUAUUAUACUUUUUUUUUUAAUUCCUAAAACCUCACUUAGAAAAUGAACCAUGCAUAAUAAUGCUCUCUUUUUUGUUAUCAUGAAAUUGGAGGUUUCAAACAACCAGUCCUAUAGGGGAAAUGAACUGGAUGGCUGCUUGGUCGUACGGUUUGCGCGCUGGACUGUUGUUCGGAUUUAUCGAUGGUCGAGGGUUCAAAUCCUGCUCGCUCCCAUCCCCCGUCGUCCUGCGGGAGGUUUGUAGUAGGAAGUAAACUAUCUUCAAAACUGAAGGAACAUCCGAAACAUGUAAAACAAAACAAACAAAGCAGUGAUUUCCAGACCAGACAGCUCUAUAGUUUAACUCCUAAAGGGGUUUUGUUUGGGCCAGUUAUCAGUAUCUUGUUUGGGCUUCUCGAUAAGCUCUGCAGCUUUGAAAAUGUGGUUAGCAUUCUCUGGUGACACUCAACAGGAUCUACAGCUCUCAUGGCACCUCCGUGGGAAUGUGUGCUGUGUGGAAGCAGAUAGAGCAACAACAGGAGUGAAAAUUGUUCCAUGGCAGUUUACUCCAGGAAGCCAACACAUUCCAUGCGUUGGAGUCUAGGGGUGGGAAUUAUACAAAGAUUAGGUGUCCCAUUUCAAACAAGCCACCAUGCUGUUUCACAGAGUUGAUGUCAGUGACCUGGAGUGGCAGUAUUUCCACUGUUUGAGGCAGUGACUUAAGAGAAAUAUUACGAAUUUGUAGUGGCACAUCCUCCUGCAACCCAGUAAUGUUCACAUACAUUGUGGAUCCUUCAGACGGGCAUGGGUUAAAGAGCUCCCAGUCCAGGCCUGUCGACUGAUAGAAAUUCUUCUCAACGGUCAAAGGGAUUAUGGGGAUGCACAAGGGCUCAAAUUCUCAAAGGGACCCUCAGCAAGGUCAUAUUUCAUUAGUUCCAGUUUUCAUGUGAUGUUUUAUUUCAUUGUACUCAGCUUUAGAGUUCUUUUAUGCUACCAGUAUGUUCAUAGCUACAAAUCAACUUUGCCCUGUGAAUAUUCAGGCAUGGAUUGUCUUAUUAUCAACAUUUUUAUUUUCACUUCUUAUGUCUUCCACACUAAUAUUGUCAGUGGAAUAGGUUUUGAUGUCAAUGGACACAAUAAUGACUUUGUUUUACAGUAAAAUGUCUUUCAUAUUGAAAUAGUUCAGACAUGCUUACCUCAAGCACUUCAUUUUUCUAUGCUAAUUUCAUCUCUAAAUUAUGUUUUUAUUUACUCAAUCUUUCUUUUAGAAAAAAUACAUUUUUAGUUAUUAUUGUAAACUGAAUUACUUCCCUUGGUUAAAAAAAAAUAAAAAUAGAACUUUUUUUGGUGAAAAUAUGUUCCUUGAUUUUGUCUGAUUUGACAAUACAUACACAUACAUGCACAUGCAGGCAAACACUUACACUUUACCGGGUUUUUUUUUCUAUUCAAUAUUGUUAUUUAACAUUUUUUAUGUCAAAAAAAAUAUGCAUGUAUUAAAAAAAAUGAUUUUGGAGAAUGUUUAAUUUUAAGAUAAAAGUUGAAAAAAACAGUU